GUGUGUGUUUGUUUGAACUUCAAAACAUCUGUGUUGAAUGCGUGCAGGGAAGAGAUUGUUGCCUGAGAUGGAAGGAAAUUGUGAUGACAUGUUUGGUGUUGAGGCUGCUGAUAUUCCUCAUGAGAUUUACACCUCUCGCUCUCGGCCUUACUGUAUGGAUCAGCUCAUGGUUUCUCGACAAACAAUGAUCACAACAGACCCUUCUUCUUCUUCUUCGGCUUCGUCUUCGUCCUCGUACUCUUCUGCUUUUCCCCGACAGGCAAUUUAUUUCGAAAACAAGAACCCGACAUCAUCUGUCCUGCUGAUGCAAGAAUCAGAUUUUAAAACACCUAAUUUUGAGUUUAGUCCUAAUGGGACUGCAAAUUUGUCAUCCACUAUCCUGAGUUUUUCAUCUCCACUACUGAUCAAGGAUGAUUCUGUCGAUAACGUCAACCAAUACGACGAUUUAGCACUCUGGAGAAUUAGCCCGAAGAGGGAUCAGCGCAGCGGCGUGCCGGUCCGGAAUCCAUUGCAGGCCCGGGAGCAUCUCGCGGCUGAGAGGAAACGCCGGGAGAAGAUAGGGCAACUUUUCGUCGCUCUUUCCAAGCUUGUGCCGGGUAUUAAGAAGUUGGACAAGGCUUCUAUACUUGAAGAUGCUAUUGACUACAUAAAAAUCCUCGAAGAACAGAUUCGAGUUCUUGAGGUAGAACAGGUGGAGAAACGGUCAGAGGAUAUCGAUAAUUCUACCUCUAAAGAGAGCUCCAACAUUAUUGAUGACAGCACGAACGAGCUCUCAGCUGCUUCACCAAUCAAGGUCAGAAUUUCAGACAACAAUGUGCUCAUAAAUAUAUUGUGCAAGAAACAAAAGGGAUUCAUGUCAAGAAUUCACAUGGAAAUGGAGAAGAUGAAUCUAUGUGCGGUAGACGUAAGGGUGAUGCCAUUUGGGAGGGAUGCACUAGACAUCACCAUUCUCGCCCAGAUGCAAAGCGAAUUAUGUGUUACAGUAAAGGACAUUGUUGAUCAACUGGACAUGGCUUUCUUGAAUCCACCUCACAUGCAAUAGUAACUUUUGUUAGUCCCUGGACACAUCUUCUGUAAUUAUCAUUAUAACUUUUUGCCAUCUGCGUCGGUCUAUUAUUGGUAUAUGUGUAU